GGCAAACUUAUGAACAUUGUAGGAGUUCCCACUUAAAAGUAUACUGAAGAACAAGAUUUGUCACUUAACAUCCCAUUAUCUACUCUUGAUGACCACCACACAUUGAUCUAGAUAUUCAUGCUGUUGAUGAGAUCGACCCGAAUCUCAACCUAUUCAAGGUCAAAGAGGAGCUCUUUUAAAAGAGAAGAUGGUGGAGGCGGCGUAUGAUAAUUUCGUUAUUGUGGUCGAUGAUUCGGAGCUUGUUUCAGGUCUUUGUGGUUCAAGGUUGGGUAUGCCGAUUGAGGUGAUGCAGUUUUGUAGGAUGUACAAUUUUGUUAGGUUACAGGAAUUAUUUAAGGAAGAGGGUGUUGAUGCAAAUUUGACAUUGGAUUGUAAUGGGAAGCGAUAUGUGGCUGAUUACUCAAAUUAUAUUAUUGAUUUCUAUAUCAAAACUCCAAUUAGGGAUUAUGCUGCGCCUGGGAAGGAGAUCGCGUCUUUCGAAGGAGUGGUGGAUCAUGGAUUGUUCUUGGAUAUGCCCACUGUCGUUAUCAUUGCUGGGAAGGGAGAAGUCAGUGUCAAGCGCAAGUGAAACAUUGAUCAAUUUUACCUCCCAACUGGUGAGGUCUGAACAUCUUUCACUUCUACUUUGAGUGGAAUUUUUAGGCUUCAUUGUUGU